AUGUCUGUCUGCUCCAGUGACGUGGGCUGUGUCAGCCGAGUCUCCUCCCCCAGCACCUGUACUGGUUCCUCCUGGCAGGUGGACAAUUGCCAGGAGAGCUGCUGCGAGCCCCCCUGCUGUGCCCCCAGCUGCUGUACCACUAGCUGCUGUGCCCCACCCCCCUGUCUGGCCCUGGUCUGUGCCCCAGUGAGCUGUGAGCCCAGCCCCUGCCAAUCAGGCUGCACCAGCUCCUGCACACCCUCAUGCUGCCAGCAGUCUAGCUGCCAGCUGGCUUGCUGCACCUCCUCCCCCUGCCAACAGGCCUGCAGUGUGCCUGUCUGCUGCAAGUCCAUCUGCUGCAAGCCCGUGUGCCGUGUGUCCACGUGCUCUGGAGCUUCCUCCCCAUGCUCCCAGCAAUCUAGCUGCUGGUCAGCUUGCUGCACCUCCUCCCCAUGCCAACAGGCCUGCUGUGUGCCCAUCUGCUGCAAGCCCAUCUACUGCGUGCCCGUCUGCUCAGAGUCUUCCUCUUCAUGUUGCCAGAAGACUAGCUGCCAGCCGGCUUGCUGCACCAUCUCCUGCUGCAGACCCUCCUCCUGCGUGUCCCUUCUCUGCCGCCCCGCCUGCUGUGUGCCCAUCUGCUGCAAGCCCAUCUACUGCGUGCCCGUCUGCUCAGAGUCUUCCUCUUCAUGCUGCCAGAAGUCUAGCUGCCAGCCGGCUUGCUGCACCAUCUCCUGCUGCAGACCCUCCUCCUGCGUGUCCCUUCUCUGCCGCCCCGUGUGCAGGUCCACCUGCUGCGUGCCCAUCUCCUCCUGCUGUGCCCCUGCCUCCUCCUGCCAGCCCAGCUGCUGCCGCCCAGCCUCCUGCGUGUCUCUCCUCUGCCACCCUGCAUGCUCCUGCCCAGCCUGCUGA